ACAGAUUGAUGGUUUGGCAGACGAGAUCAAGAAAAUUUCGGAUGAGCAGCAGUGCCCGUUGGAUUUGGAAAAUUACGUAAAAAAAUUGCUGAAUGCAAAGAGAAGAGUGACAGUUGUCAGCAAUAUUCUUCAAGUGGCUCAAGAACGACUGAAUAAAGUCCACCAGCUUAUUGAGAAAGAGUCUGCGAGGAGAAAAGUCCUGAUAGAACCUUCACCAGUGGCAGGAGCAAGCAAUUCAGUCGGCGAGUUAGUCCCUUCAAUACAGCAGAAAGAUGGAAACCCCCUUCACUAGCCACUUGUCCUUUAACCAUAUCUACGAGCCUGCCGAAGAUUCUUUCAUUCUGAUGGACGCCAUUGAAGAAGACGGCCCGUGGCUCAGAGAUGAAAUCAGACCAGCCUUGUGUGUGGAAAUCGGCAGUGGCUCGGGAGUAGUUUGCAGCGCCGUUGCCAAAUUUUUGAAGACCUUCUGUCUGGCGAUAGACAUCAACCCUCUUGCCUGCCGAGCCACCAAGGAAACGGCCCGAAGGCACGGAGCCUCGGUCGAAUGUGUGAAUGCCGAUCUUGUCACGCCUCUGCUGCCAGCCAUAAGGAACAAAGUGGAUCUUUUGAUUUUUAAUCCUCCUUAUGUCCCGACCGAGACAGUUGAAAUCGCCAGCAGCAAAAUUGCACACACCUGGGCUGGUGGGCUUCGAGGCCGACAAGUGAUGGACCGCCUCUUUCCUUUGGUGCCUGAUUUGCUCUCAUCCAAGGGCGUCUUCUAUUUGGUGCUAGUGGAGGAAAACAAGCCUCUCGAAGUGGAAGAGAUUUUUCUCAGGCAGGGCUUCAAAUGUAAAUUUGUUAAGCGAAGAGCUGCUGGCCGCGAAAGACUUUGUGUGCUCCGAGUGAGCAAAAUAAUAAUGUGAUUAUUUUAUGUUAGACUUUGCACCAUUCCUUCAAUUUUUGUUUGAAGAAAAAGAAAUCUAUUUUAAUUUCACUCAUUGUAAAUUUUUAUUUUACAUUAUUUUUCAAAUUGAAAUGAAAGUAUUGUUCUGCCCAUUCUGCCUUGAAAUUACAUAAUUUUGAUUGAAACUAAAAACUGAUGAAUGGCAAUACAAGACGAGUUACUGUAAAUUUAAACUUGUUUUCUCACUG